CUCAUCUUUGUAUCACUACAAGAGCAUUUUGUUCUCACAUCUCUGCUCUUGCAUCUUGAGAAUUCAUUAAAUUUCAACUAAUAUCAAAUAUUUGAAAUAUAAUGUCUGCUUCUGCAUCAUCUGUUUACCACUCUAUCUUGUCUAACCAUGUAACCCGUGUUCAAACCCAAACACGAAGAAACAUUAGCUUCAGAGUUUCCUGCAUGGCCGAGGAGAAACAGGAUCCAAUGACAACUCCUACUUCUCCAGCACCACGCGCUGCACCUAAGAUGAGUACUAAGUUUACAGAUUUAUUAGCAUUCGGUGGGCCUGCACCAGAGAGAAUUAAUGGCAGACUUGCCAUGAUUGGGUUUGUUACUGCUAUGGGAGUAGAACUCGCGAAAGGUACUGAUGUCGCAGCACAGUUGGCUGAUGGAGGACUUCCGUGGUUUCUAUAUACCUGUGUUCUACUAUCAGUGGCCUCACUUGUCCCAUUAGCUCAAGGUGUGAGUGUUGAAUCGAAAUCAGAUGGUUUGAUGUCCUCCACUGCGGAGAUGUGGAAUGGAAGAGCCGCAAUGUUGGGUUUAGUUGCAUUGGUCCUCACUGAAGUUGCCAAGGGUGGAGCUCUUAUUUAAAUUAGAUUUUAAUAUCAUUGGAGUUUUAGAAGGUUCACUCAAUAUUAUGAUGCUAUCGUCCUGUAAAUGUUUUUGAUCAGUACAUAAACAUGUUUGCAGUGCAAUGCAAUCCCAAAUUCAUCACAAUAUACAA